GGUCCCCAGAUCUACAUCUGAUCAUGCGCAAAUAGGCUACAGCGUCAGUACUUCCUCAAGUGUUGCAAUAGUUUUUCUUCACAAUUUUUGCAAGACUCUUGCUAAACGGAAUAAAGAACAGAACAGUCAUCAAUGUUAACCAUGGGGAUGAGCUUGAUAAAAGUUUCCCUGUGGGCCUCUCUGAUAGUCGCUUCCUGCUUCAAGCAAUCACUGGCUGGUACAGACAGCACCAUCGUCCCGGGAACCAAUGGUCGAGCUGUGGUGGAUGCUACCAUAAGCAAGAUAGCUCAAGUAGAACGUGACAGCCAACUCCAACCGGACGACAGGCUUCUCUUGCGAAUAGCAUGGGUAGAAACGAAGUUCGGCACGGCACCGAAUACCUACGCCGACCCCAACUACCACGGCGGGAUAUGGCGAGUCGAUCGUGAUACGUUUGAUGUGACUAUGAGGAUGUUCAACACAAAUGAAUACAGUGACAUAUUUGAGGAGAUAACAACUAAACUGGGAAUCAUCUGGAUCCAGGUUACCUGGGAAGACUGUCGCCGACCUUUGUAUUCUGGUCUUGCUGCUCGUCUAUUUCUCCACAACGCCAACCCCGUCAUUCCACCUGGCUGGUCUGUUCAGGGACAAGCAAAUUAUUGGCGAGACCAUUACCCACACGUUCCUCCUACCGGUAACGCGACGUAUUUUUCCCAAGAAGUCUCAAAAAUAGCAGGAUGUUCAAGCAAUGGCAUUGAUUUAGUCUUCGUACUUGACGGUUCUGGGAGUGUUGGUGACAUAGAUUUUGAGACGUCCAAGAUAUUUGUCAAUGACGUUGUAGAUUUUUUUGAGAUUGGUAGUGACCGCACUCGAGUAGGUGUCAUCCAAUAUGCCAGCUCUGUCAACAUCGAAUUUCACCUCAACCAAUACACGGAUAAAAGUUCACUCCUACAGGCGAUUGCCAAUAUAAGUUACAUGGAUGGAGGUACUCAUACUGAGGAUGCUUUGAAUGUCAUGGUAAAUGAAAGUUUCAAGGAAGAGAAUGGGUCAAGGGUUAUUGGUAUCCCACGCGUGGCAGUUGUUAUAACAGAUGGUCGCUCACAAUCGGGCGACCAAGUCCAUGUGCCAGCAGACAGGGCUCGACAAGUGGGCAUUAAAAUCUUUGCAAUCGGUGUGACGUCGAACAUAAAUGAGGCUGAGCUGAACGCCAUUGCAAACAAACCGAACGACACCUAUGUGUUCGAAGUCAGCAAUUUUGACGCCAUCUCCAGCAUCGGUGCUACACUCCAGGACAAUGCAUGUGAGCAAGUUGCUGUGCUGCCUUACAUGGUCACUGAGUUCAACAGUACGAUCGGACAGGAUCAAACACAAAACCUCGCACAGGAGAUAGGCCCAGAGGGUACGACCAUGAUCUUCCAAUCGACCGAUGGUACCAUAGUCGUCUAUGGAUCGGCAACCGUUGAGAACCCCAACUCAGCCUUAAAUGAUUUCAUACUGACAGCUACUGAAGGACAGGGCUCCGUGGAUAUGUUCAUUGGACCCGAGUUCUUUAAUAGGAGCAGUGAUGGCGACGACCGUAGACGACGUCAGGCGCCCAAUCAGAAUGAUACGGAGGCGAACGAUGAACCAAUCGGCAUACUGUAUAUCAGCAUCGAGGGAAAGCAAGCAAACAAUGUCUUCUCAUUGGUUACAGCCAAGGGUGACGUCACCAAACCGGAAGCCACCCAACCGGAAGGCACCCAAGCCGACACCACCAAACCUGGUAAUGGCGUUGGAAUGGUCACUGCGACAGGGCCACACAUUGCUAUGAUUAUUCUGAUUGCUCGUUUGGCAAUUCAAUCCCUUUGUACACACAUGACUAGUGAGGACCAUAAAAACAAAGAACUGACUAUUGCCCUGUGGGCCUCUCUGAUAGUCGCUUCCUACUUCAAGCAAUCACUGGCUGGUACAGACAGCACCAUCGUCCCGGGAACCAAUGGUCGAGCUGUGGUGGAUGCUAGCAUAAGCAAGAUAGCUGAAGUAGAACGUGACAGCCAACUCCAACCGGACGACAGGCUUCUCUUGCGAAUAGCAUGGGUAGAAACGAAGUUCGGCACGGCACCGAAUACCUACGCCGGCCCCAACUACCACGGCGGGAUAUGGCGAGUCGAUCGUGAUACGUUUGAUGUGACUAUGAGGAUGUUCAACACAAAUGAAUACAGUGACAUAUUUGAGGAGAUAACAACUAAACUGGGAAUCAUCUGGAUCCAGGUUACCUGGGAAGACUGUCGCCGACCUUUGUAUUCUGGUCUUGCUGCUCGUCUAUUUCUCCACAACGCCAACCCCGUCAUUCCACCUGGCUGGUCUGUUCAGGGACAAGCAAAUUAUUGGCGAGACCAUUACCCACACGUUCCUCCUACUGGCAACACGACGUAUUUUUCCCAAGAAGUCUCAGAAAUACCAGGAUGUUCAAGCAAGGGCAUUGAUUUAGUCUUUGUACUUGAUGGUUCUGGUAGUGUUGGUGCUACAGAUUUUAUGACGUCCAAGACAUUUGUCAAUGACAUUGUAGAUUUCUUUGAGAUUGGUAGUGAAAACACUCGAGUAGGUGUCAUCCAAUAUUCCAGCUCUGUAAACAUCGAAUUUCACCUGAACCAAUACACGGAUAAAAUGUCAACCCAACAGGCGAUUGCCAAUAUAAGUUACAUGGGUGGAGGUACUAAUACGGAGGAUGCUUUGAAUGUCAUGGUAGAUGAAGGUUUCAGUGUUACCAACGGAGCCAGGGAAUUGGAAAUUGGUAUCCCACGUGUGGCAGUUGUCAUAACAGAUGGUCAAUCACAAGGCCCUGACCGUGUCCGUGUGCCAGCAGACAGAGCCCGCGAAGAGGGCAUUCAAAUCUUUGCAGUCGGUGUGACGUUAAACAUAAAUGAGGCUGAGCUGAACGCCAUUGCAAACAAACCGAGCGAUACCUACGUAUUCGAAGUCAGCAAUUUUGACGCUAUCCCCAACAUCGGUGCUACACUCCAAGACAAUGCAUGUAAUCAAGUUGCUGUGUUGCCUGAUAAUAUCACUGAGUUCAACCUUAUAAUCGGACAGGAUCAAACACAAAACCUCGCACAUGAGAUAGGCCCAGAGGGUACGACCAUGAUCUUCCAAACGACCGAUGGUACCAUAGUCGUCUAUGGAUCGGCAACCGUUGAGAAACCCAACUCGGCCUUAAAUGAUUUCAUACUGACAGCUACUGAAGGACAGGGCUCCGUGGAUAUCUUCAUUGGAACCGUGUUCUUUAAUAGGAGCAGUGGUUAUGGCGACGACCGUAGACGACGUCAGGCGACCAAUCAGAAUGAUACGGAGGCGAACAAUGAACCAAUCGGCAUACUGUAUAUCAGCAUCGAGGGAAAGCAAGCAAACAAUGUCUUUUCAUUGGUUACAGCCAAGGGUGACGUCACCAAACCGGAAGCCACCCAACCGGAAACCCCCGAACCGGAAUUAGGCACCCAAGCCGAUACCACCAAACCUGGUAAUGGCGUUGGAAUGGUCACUGCGACAGGGCCACACAUUGCUAUGACUAUGCUGAUUGCUCGUUUGGCAAUUGUACUUUAAAUCCGUUUCCCUUCCCUCUAUGAAUACAAUUAGCCCCUUUGUCGAGAUAGGGUGGACACUUUGGAGUAAAUAAUAGGCGGUGGACAAAUUAACCUAAACCAAAUAGUGUUAUUAGUAAUGUGUCAAUCAUGGCUCAAUAUGGCUUAUAUAUUGCUCAACUUUGACUAAGGAUUUUGUAAGAUUUGGUAAUAAUAAAGUAAAUAAUACUCACAGUAAGGGCUGUUUUAAGCU